AUGUCGUAUGCCACAGUGGCAGAGACGGACGGACGAAUCACGAUUCGGAUGGCUCAACAUUUGCGCUCUUUAUAUUGGCCAACACGAGAGUUUCCUCUGACGAAGCUCAUCCUACUGUACGAAUUUCACAACAGAAUUGAGAGAAUGUUAUUCAAAAACACAACACAUAACAGCCGAGCUGAAUUACGCCUCAGUUCAGUUCAUCAUGACAGGAUCAAGCCUAAGCGUGACUUCUUCUCUGAUCUUAAGUCGAUGAGCAAAGGAAUCUCCAAACUCAUCAAUUUGCCGCAAUAUCUAGAUUUAUCUGGUUUCGUACGAGUUCGGAAGGGUGAAUGGGUACCAGACUCGGAAUGCACUGUGCACCAGCACGAAGUCCUGCAUGCUGUAAUGGAUCGACUUUGUGAAGUCUGUCAUGAGAUGUUCUACCACGAGCAGGGCAAUCUACGAUCCCAGUGCAGGAUGCGAUGCUUCGACAAUGACGUGUUCCGUAAAUGUCUACAUGUGUUCUCUUCGAUUGAUGGCAAAGACUUGAAAUCACAAAGUGUGGCUAAGUAA